UUUUUUUUUUUAAACAACAAUUAAACGAUGGCAACUGUACAGCAAACAACAAAUGAACAAUUAGGAAAUAGAAGACGUAGUAGUACUCACCAAACUUUUAUUGCUUCCAAAACUGUGGCUAACGUAUUGACAAAAGUGAAACCUACAUCGUCUACUCGUCGUUUAGUGGAUUUACCAGUGACAGCUACCAUUGAACAAGCAUUUGACUUAUUGUUAGCGGAAGAUAUUUUGUCUAUUCCUGUUUAUCGAUUGGAUGAUCUCGGUAAAAAGGUAUAUGUGACCAUUGUCGGUGUUCUUGACUUAUUGAAACUUCUAAGUCAGCAUACUACGGAUAUAGUGGAAACCAACUUUUUUCAACAUCAAAUUAAAGAGGCUAUUGGACAAACAAAUGAAAGUUCAAGACUUGUGACAGUACAAUCCACAGAUUCUUUGGAAGAUGUGAUUUCCCUUUUUAGUGAACAUGGUGCUCAUCGGGUAUUGGUUAAUAGUAAUCAAGGUGGACAACCUACAUUAUUAUCACAAAUGGAUGUGAUACGUUAUCUUCAAGCACAUAAUCAUCAUUUAGGAAAAAUUUUGGAUAUAACUGUACCUAGUUUAGUGACAGCAUCUUUGGUCCGACGACAACAACGACUUGGUAUUCAACAACAACAAGAAGAAGAAAAAAUCAAAUCAGUGACAUUCAAAACAACAGCGAUGAAAGCAUUUGAACAAAUGGCCAAUGAUCCUUAUAUUAGUGCUCUUCCUAUUGUGGAUGAUGAUGAUACUUUGGUGGGCGAUCUAAGUCCUCAAGAUUUGCGUGGAUUGAAUAAAGCUCGACUUCAAGAUUUGGCCAAACCUGUUCUUAUGUUUCUCAAAUCAAGAAAUGGGGAUUUAAUAGAACCUUUUACUUGUCAUCAUAGGUUUACUUUAUCUCAACUCAUGGCUUCUGUGGUGUUACGUAGGGCUUAUCGUUUAUGGUGGAUCGAUCAAGAAACUGGAUAUAUUCAAGGUGUGAUUACGUUGACAGAUCUUUUGGGUUCUUUUCUAGAUCCUACUCUAUCCUCUUGAUUUUUUAUUAUAUAUUUUAUCCUUCUUUUUAUUAUACCAAUGCCUGUUUAUUAUCAAAAAAAUAAAAUAAAAAAAAAAUAAUCUUUUUUGUAUA